AAGAUAGGUACUAUAUUCAGCUUACAAUUAGUGGACAGAGCUAUCCUACUGUCUCACCCCAUGUACCACACAAAAAAUUUAGUAAUAAUCAUCAACAUUUUACUUAAUAAUGGGUACCCUCUUGAACUAAUCUUUAGGAAGGUCAGGCUGAGAUUAAAAUAUCUGCAUAACAAUAAACUUGGACACACAGAUGAAAUUGAAUCAGUAAGUCAACAUAGCGACGACGCACUACAGAGUAAAAAAUUCAUUGCCAUUCCGUUUAUAAAAAACAUAUCCAACAAAGUCGCCCAUUUACUUAGCAACGAUGAACUUAUGGUAGGAUAUAGAGUGUUAAAUAAUCUUGGCAGGUUUGUUAAGGCACAAAAAGACAAAAAUCCCGGAAGUUCGAACAAUAAUGUAAUUUACAAAAUAUCGUGUAAAGAUUGCAGUGCUUCCUAUGUAGGACAGACAAAGCGACAAUUUAAAACUAGAUUAAACGAACACAAAAAUAACAUAAAAACGGUUCCAUCGAGGCAUUCUGUGAUUUCCGAGCACAUUACAAAAUUCAACCACACUUUCGAUUGGGACAAUACAGCGAUACUCGAGUCUGAACCAAAUUAUAAGAGACUUAUAUCAGAGAUGCUACACAUCAAAGAACAAAAAAACGGGAUCAAUUCUAAUACAGACACAGAUUAUCUGGAUGACUCAUAUUUUAGUGUACUUGACGAGCUAGCCAAUAACAAGAAUUUCAACUAAUUUUCAGUUUAUGUAUACACUGUUUUGUUUAUAACUCUGUUCGUCCCGACAAACCGCGCAGUCAUUCGACAUCCGUAACACGAGAAAGAGCAUUACAUCGCAAAUUAUACGUCCUGACAGAUACAUACAAUCCUUUUAUACUUUGACCAUACAACCUGACAAAAACAACACUUCUUAUGGACUGGACCUGAUUUAUUCUCGCCUCCGAACGAGGAAUUAAUUAUGUAAUUUUGCUGACUAUAAUUUAUCUCCGGUUUUGACUUCAUAGAUGCAACGACAAAAACUCAAUAUGUAUUCGUUAGGCUCUCGAACGGUGAAGUGGCUCUAUAGGUUUAAGAAUUUUAUAUUUUUGUAACUACGACGAAUAUGAUAUUUUAUACUACGGCUGAAGAAGACUCGGUGAAGUCGAAACGUUCCGUUCUUUGUACAUAUGUUAAUUAAUUACAUGGUUUAACAUCUACGAAUGCUCGAUCAUUGG